AUAAUUUUUAUUUUCUUAUCCUUUCUUUAUGGCAGUGUGAUUUCUACUCUCCCAGAUCAAUUGAAGGAAAAGCUUAUCAGCAAUCUAGAAAAUAAAGAUAAGUUUCAGAAACUAUAUGAAUCAACAAAGGCAAUUUCUUCCAGUAACGCAUUCCAGAUUUUUUACCGUUGCAUGCAACAGAACGGAAGUAUAAAUUCUCAUGAAAUUGGGGGAGAAUCUGAAAAUAGUAGCACAAGGAAUCAGCUGGAUGCUCUAUCUGAAGAUCUUACUGUUCUUCUCCGUGAUUCUGCGGAGCUUAAAGUGGAUGUAGGUCAGAUAAAGGCCUCAGCAUUUAACGGUCGAGGGGUGGUUCAUUCAGACAGUCCCAUUUGGGGAUGCCCCUCCAAGGUAAAGGCCAAAGCGUCGGCAAAAGUGCUGCUAGAGGCAAGCAAGAUUGAGGGGACCAAGCUGUCGGUCCAGCAAGUUGACAUGGUGAUGUGGUCAGAUAUCCUCAGGGCAAUGGCUGAGGUUGAUUGGGAAGCUUCCAACAUCCUUCAGGUUGAGAAGGAGGUGGCACUAGCCGCUCGAACAAUGAAGAAGAAGGCUCGCUUGAUUGCUACCAAAGCAACGAAACAACCAACUCUCAAGGUGGUGGUUCCGUCCAUGGGGCUCGAAGGUUUG